AUGUCUUCCGACUCCUCCUCCAACUCUGAAGCCGCUAUUCUUCCCGAACACUGUAGGGAGGAAACUUCAACUGACCUCUCGAGCUCGGGAUCUACAGAGCAUUCUUCGAACGCUUCUUUGGUUCGGAAGAAUUCCUGGGUCGUCGAGGUCGGCUCUAGUAGUCGUGUUCCGAUUCGAGCUCCGGAGCGGAUGGAUUGGAAUCUCUGCGAGCCCGAGGGCCAGGUUCCCACUGACUUGGUCCCGGGACAGGAGCCUGACGUGAAGACAGAUGAGGAUGCUAUACUGCGUGAGGUUGGGGAUGGAGGAGCGCAGGAUCCGAACGAUGAUGAUAUGAUGCCGAUCAUAGAUCGAGACAGUUCGGGCGCUAUGUUGAUCGGCGGGGCCCCUCCUGGGAUCAUAAUCCAAAUUCCCGAACCGGAAGAACGCCCUUGGGAUGCUCCUGAGGACUUCAUCUGCGUCUACGAGGCAUAUUUCCGCGAGGCCGGAUUGACCUUUCCUCUACCGCGCCUGCUGUUCGCCUACUGCAAUCGUCGCGGCUGCGCGAUAUCACAACUCCAGCCGGCGAUGAUAGUCAACUUUGUCGGGAUUCUCCAGCUCGGGCGUGACAUCCAUGCUCACAUCAACGUUGCCCAGUUCGAGGAACUUUUCAUCAUGAAGGUCUCGCAAGCCAAGAAUCGCCACGUUCCAGGGUUCCUGCAGCGUUCUCUUACAACUGACUUAGCGAAGCAACUGAGCCUUGCCGGUCAGCAUCGUUGGCCCCGAGCUUACCAGGAGAAGAUCGAUCGGCGGAUAAAGAGAGCUCAGGAAAGAGCUAAAACUAAGGCCGAACCCAGCUCGUCGAGACCGGUACCAAAGAAAAAGAACCCGAGGAAAAGCAGCAAGAAGAGUCGGAGGAGGAUGGCUUUUGAUAAAUCGGACAUCCCGAUGAUGAACUUCGGGGCUGACGAGGAGGACAAUGCCCUGAUCGACAUCGUAGGUCUCGACGGGAACGAGGUCGGAAAUGAUAAUGAAGUCGGUGACAGGAACGAGGUCGACAACGUCCCGGUCGGUCCAGCUGAUCCUCUGGUUCCAAUUACGGAUUCAGAGGUCGAAGCGGUGGGGACUGGCGUUCCUGAGGCAACUCCUAAGCCUUAA